CGGUGCCGCCCCGCCGUAGCCGUGAGGGGAGGCGGGGCGGGCUGAGGCGGCCGCCAUGGCCUGGCGGGGGAUUGCCGCCGCUCCGGCCGCGGGCAGCUGUCGGCAUUUGGUGAGCAAAUGUCUCCACACCACGGUGGGGUUUCUGAAGAAAACUGGAACUGAGCACCAGUGGUUGGAGCGGCACUUGAAGGAUCCCUUUGUCAAGGCAACGAAGCGGCAGAAUUACCGUUGCCGAAGUGCCUUCAAAUUACUGGAAAUUGAUGACAAGUUUCGAAUUCUUCGUCCUGGGCUUUCUGUUCUUGACUGUGGAGCAGCGCCUGGUGCUUGGAGCCAGGUUGCUGUAGAGAGGGUCAACGCCUUAGGUACUGCUUAUAGCACACCAACCAUCCAGAUGCACGCAGCAAACUGCCCAAGGACAAGAAGACCAGACAUAGCAGAUCCUGCUGUCCCCACUGGCUUUGUCCUUGGCGUUGACCUCCUGCGGAUUUCUCCUCUGGAAGGGGCAGUCUUCCUGUCGGAGGCUGACAUUGCAGACCCAAGGACGCUGAGGACAAUUCAGAGUCUGCUUCCUGCAGAGAAGGUGGAUGUUAUCUUGAGUGAUUUGGCGCCUAAUGCAACAGGCAUUAAAGAACUGGAUCAUCAGAAAUUGAUCAAUCUAUGUUUAGGCCUUCUGAGUCUGUCCCAAAGUAUUUUAAAGCCGAAAGGAACGAUGCUCUGUAAAUUCUGGGAUGGACAUGAGUCCCGUCUUCUGCAAAACAGACUGAAGGAGCAGUUCCAAGAUGUGAGGACUAUAAAGCCUCAGGCCAGCCGGAAGGAGUCUGCUGAAUCUUAUUAUUUGGCAAGACUGUACAAAGGGAAAUGAAAGCUGAGAACUGCAGAUUAUCGAACAGGUGAUCAUUGAUUGGAAAUCUGAAUUUGGUGUGUGUUUAAAGAAAAAUCCCACCACUAAGACCCUGGGAAAAUCUGCCACAAUUCUUAUGAAGCACGUCACGCUUUUCAAUACAAAAAUAAUCCAGGGUGGUGUCCGACUGAGUUUAUCCGCUAAUUAUACAAGCAGAGACAUCCAAUCUAGGUUCUCACCUGUGGAGAUAACAGUUGGGAAUGGAGAGGAGUAAUAUGAAAGGCAACCUCUGGGGCUGGAGUAAUGGAAAUGAAAAUAAAACAGUGAUGGUAUGAGUUUUUAAUGUGUGCUUGAAAAUUAUCGCACUAUUGAUGUUGUCAUACGUGAGACUAACCAUAAAGGUGGUUGUCAGAAUGAGAGGGACCAGCAAGGGGAGUUUGAGCCAAUUUAUUGCCUCUUCAUCUUUCUUAAAAGCUGGUGCAAUUUAUUAGCACAUGUAAGAAUAGGUAAUAUUUUUGUGCGUGUCCAGAUCUGCAUCGUCACGUACGUUCUGUAACGCAGCCCCUCAGGACGUAUGACUGACUCUGGAAUAUUCAGCCUGAUGGGUCUGCUGCAUUUUCUAAAGA